AUGUCCCCUUUAGGGAGUUUCGGUGUUUCCUUGGUUAUGCUGGGGGUAUUAGCUGUUUUGCCCAGAGCGCAAAGUGCGUCUUGUGAGCCAGUCAAGAUUCCCAUGUGCAAGACCAUGCCCUGGAACAUGACCAAGAUGCCCAACCAUCUGCAUCACAGCACCCAGGCUAAUGCUAUUUUGGCAAUUGAACAGUUUGAGGGCUUGCUGGAGACAAAAUGCAGCCAGGACCUGCUUUUUUUUCUAUGCGCCAUGUAUGCACCCAUCUGCACCAUUGAUUUCCAGCAUGAACCAAUCAAGCCGUGUAAGUCAGUGUGUGAGAGAGCCAGGACCGGCUGUGAACCAAUACUGAUCAAGUAUCGCCAUAAUUGGCCAGAAAGCCUGCUCUGUGAGGAACUACCAGUCUAUGAUAGAGGAGUCUGCAUCUCUCCAGAGGCCAUCAUUACAGUGGAGCAAGGAACAGAACCAAUGCCGGACUUCUCAAUGGACUCAAACAAUGGGAACUGUGGUGGAGCUGUCAGUGAUCUUUGCAAAUGUAAGCCUAUGAAAGCCUCACAAAGGACUUACAUGAAAAGCAAUUACAACUAUGUAAUUCGAGCCAAAGUGAAAGAGGUAAAGGUGAAGUGCCAUGAUGCUACUGCAGUGGUAGAAGUGAAAGAGAUUCUCAAGUCUUCCCUCGUGAACAUUCCAAAAGACACCAUCACCCUGUACACAAACUCUGGUUGCCUGUGCCCAGAACUGCUCGUCGGUGAGGAAUAUAUCAUCAUGGGUUAUGAAGACAAAGAGCGUUCCAGACUUCUGCUAGUGGAAGGUUCCUUGGCUGAAAAGUGGAGGGAUCGUCUUGCAAAAAAGGUUAAGCGUUGGAAUCAGAAACUUCGUCUCCCCCGAAAAAGCGAUUUUCCUGUGGCACAAAACGGCAAUAAAAACAGCAACUCAAGACAAAUGCAGAGCUAG